AUGUCGACCGAUCUUAAUAUUGAAUUCGUUGUACCAAAUUAUGUAUCUCAUCACUUUUAUGUUUCUGGAGUUAUUUCAAUAUUUGCUAACAUAUUUAUAAGUUACUUAUUGUAUUUUAAAGGGAAAAAGCUUGAAAAAUUUCGAUAAUAUCUUCUCACCUAUCAGAUUUUUUGUGCAAUUGGUGAUCUACAUUUAUCUGUAUUCAUGCAACCUAUUGGUUUAUUUCCAAUAACGGCAGGCUACAGUAACGGGCUUUUGGGACAGGUUUUAUCAGUUCGUGUCGAUAUUCAAAUGACUAUACUGUCACUUUUAGCCAGCUUACAAGUAAACAGCUUGAAUGUUUGUUUUCUUAAAAAGUAUCGAACAAUUGGAGAUAUGAGUGCCCGACUCCAACUUCCUGUUGUAGUGUAUAAAUUAUCGGUUUUUGUUCUUAGUAGCUAUCCAUUUUUGUUUUCUGGGGCAUUCUUUUUGAGUGGCAUUCUUCGAGAAGAACAGUUUGAAAUCAUUAAAAAAGAGUAUCCUUUUUAUGAGAAACAAUUUCGUUCCCUAAAAAACUUCCAGCUAUAUAUAAUGAACUUCUGGAUGUCUGUUUAUUUUUUUCUUGCAAUGUUUGGAUGUAUCCAAUCUGGAGUUACAAUUGGGGUUUCUGUUUUACAAAUGGUUAGAACACUUCACGAAGUGAAAGCGUUAAUAUCAAAAACCACGUGGAAAAAACACAAAAUAGCAGUACGGAAUUUGGCCUUACAGGUGCAUUCACACAAGAUUCUAUAUUACACAUUUGUGAAAUUUCAGUUUCAAAGCUCGUUGAUUGGAAUUGUGCCAGCUGUUUCUAUCGCAUUUGUAGUCGUUAUACCCACAAAAUAUGAAAGAUCAUUGGACUCUUUUCAACAUUUAACACUUUUUGCUUUUUUGUUCAUUGGUAUGUUCGUUAAAGUUGCAAAAACUUUUUUUAACCUAGAUUAUUCGCAGUAUUGGAAAGAAAACUUAGAGUUUGUGUCAUUUCAUAAAUAA